AUGCUCUCUUCUAGUGCGGAAACAGGUUUACGCAUGAUAGGGUGGGCCUUCUUGCCGGACCUGGGAGCACGGCUGCUACUAAGAGUGCUGCGACAUGCUCAAGUAGUUGUACCUCCUCUCCUUGGAUUCAAACCCCAAACUCCACCUCCACCAGGAUCACCUGGCUAUGCUGUACAACAGCGAAUAUCAUUCUCUGUCGUCAUCCUCCUUUAUCUCAUUUAUACGUCGAUACAAGCCUAUAUACAGGCACCCCCAAACUUUUACGAACUUCUUGGGGUCUUCCCAGAUGUGGACGAAAGUACUUUGAAAGCAGCAUUCCGGAAUUUCGCCCGAUACAAUCAUCCGGAUAGGGUAGGGGCGAGCGGAGAACAACGGUUCAUUGCCUCGCGCGAUGCGUUCGAUACCCUGAAAAGCAGCACAAAGAGAUUUGCCUAUGACAGAUUUGGUCCUGAGGUAGUCAGUUGGGCAGCAGAAUGCACUACCGUCGGUGAUUAUUUGGAGCGAGGUCUAAUGGCUAGUUCCGGAUUUUACCUCGUCUCUACUGUUGCGAUGUUACUAUAUGCGAUCUUUGGCCAAAGUGGCUUUGGAGCAUUUGUGAGUUCUACAGUCUAG